CUGAUCGCCUCCCCCCCUUCCCGUUCUCGGAGGCGUGGAGCUGCCCGGCCCCCUCGCACCGGGCGGCGGGGAUUGGCCGCCCGGCGGGAGCCGCUGCGGGCUGUGGCCGUGGCGGCGCGGAGCGGAGCCAGCCUCGGCCGUGUGCGGGCUGCCCCGAGGCUUCAGCGUCCGGCGUGACCAUGGCCGCGCUGGGCAUGGCGGCACUGAGGAGGGGCAGCGGCUCUGCCCCCCGGCUCCUCGCCGUGGCCGUCUCCUGCCAGAGCUGCCGCCCCAAAACCAGCCAGUGCCCCGGUGACGGCAGCCACGGGCAGCCCCGGGAUCACCACCCGGCGGGCCCCGGCAGAGCCCGGCGCGGCGCGGAGCCCGGCCCCGCCGUGGGCAUUGACAUUUCAGUGUUCCUCACAGUUUCUCUAACCUCUCCCCUUUCCCUUCUCUUAGAUCUCCUUCCACCAGGAGUCUGCAAUCUCCUCAACCCGGCAGCUAUCUACGCAAACAAUGAGAUCAGCCUGGGAGAUGUUGAGAUAUAUGGCUUUGACUAUGACUACACAUUAGCACAGUACUCCAAUUUACUACACUCUAUGAUAUUCAAUACUGCCAGAGACAUCCUAAUAGAACAAUUCAAGUAUCCAGAAGGGCUUGCAAAGUAUGACUACAUUCCAGGGUUUGCCAUACGUGGACUUCACUAUGAUGUACAAAAGAGUCUCCUCAUGAAGAUCGAUGCUUUCCAUUAUGUCCAGCUGGGGACAGCAUAUAGGGGACUCAAACCAGUGCCUGAUGAAGAGGUAAUCGAUCUCUAUGGUGGUACGCAGCACAUCCCCCUGUACCAGAUGAGCGACUUCUAUGGCAAGGGCCCAUCACUUAAGCAGUUUAUGGACAUUUUUUCUCUUCCUGAAAUGACACUGCUCUCUUCGGUCAUUGAUUACUUCAUAACUCAUGGCAUUGAGUUUGACCAGGUGCACCUUUACAAGGAUAUAUCUGAUGCUAUUAGAGAUGUACAUGUGAAAGGAGUGAUGUACAAAUGGAUUGAAAAAGAUAUGGAACAGUAUAUUCUGCACGGGGAUGAAAUCUAUGCCGUGCUAAACCGACUGGUGAACCACAAGAAGAAACUCUUCCUCAUUACAAACAGUCCCUUUAGCUUUGUGGACAAAGGAAUGAAACACAUGGUUGGCAAGAACUGGCGGGACUUAUUUGACAUGGUCAUCGUGCAAGCUGACAAGCCCAACUUCUUCACUGAUCGGCGGAAACCUUUUAGGAAACUGGAUGAUAAUGGCUCAUUGCAGUGGGACAAAAUAAACCAGCUGGAGAAAGGAAAGAUCUACAAAGAGGGUAACCUCUUUGACUUUCUGAGGCUGACAGGCUGGCGUGGCUCCAAAGUGCUCUACUUUGGUGACCAUCUGUACAGUGACCUGGCGGACCUCAUGCUGCGUCACGGCUGGAGGACUGGAGCCAUCGUUCCUGAACUGGAGACGGAGAUUCGGAUCAUAAACACAGAGCAGUACAUGCACUCCCUGACCUGGCAGCAGGCUCUGACAGGGCUGCUAGAGAGAAUGCAGAUGUAUCAGGAUGCAGAGUCAAAGCAAGUGUUGCUGGAGUGGAUGAAGGAACGUCAGGAGAUCAGGUCACUGACAAAGAACCUGUUCAACCCCCAGUUUGGAAGCAUCUUCCGCACGUUCCACAACCCCACAUACUUCUCUCGGCGGCUGGUGCGGUUCUCCGACAUCUACAUGGCCUCCAUCAGCUGCCUGCUGAACUACGACGUGAAUUUCACCUUCUACCCCCGGCGCACCCCCCUGCAGCACGAGGCUCCCCUCUGGAUGGAUCAGCUCUGCACGGGCUGCAUGAAAACCCCCUUCCUGGAGGAGAUGGUGCACAUCCGGUGAGGGGACAGGUACUCGGGCAGCAGCACAGCGCGUGGCUGUACCUGGAGCUGGGGGCUCGGCCAGCAGCACCUCUGUCUACCACUAAAGGGUGUUUGACACUUA